AUCACUUUUAAAAAAAAGAAAAGCAAUAGAAGGGAGAUAGGCCUUGGGGACUUAUUUUACAUUAGAUGGAAGUUAACUUUUAUGAAGUUCUGAAGUGAUAAGAAAAACAAAAGAAAGAAUUGAAAAGAUGGCAUCUAUAAUAUGGCUUCCAGUAAUAGUGUUUAUUGCCACUGCUUACCUAUACCUCCUGUCUACACGACUGCCUGAAAUGGAUUACACUGGCAAAAAUUGUACCAGUGAGGACCUAAAGUUCCCACGAAAUCUUCAGGAGUUGACCAGUCUGGCUGUUCUCCUUCAGCAAUACAAGACUGACCACCUACCCUAUGUCCUUCUACUGUUCUGCAGUGCCUACCUCUACAAACAGUCCUUCGCUAUCCCAGGAUCUGUGUUCAUGAAUCUGUUAGCAGGUGCCCUGUUCCCGACAUGGCUUGGCUUUAUCAUCGUUUGUACCCUGUCAGCCUGUGGUGCUACCUUUUGUUACACAUGGUCAAAACUGUGUGGAAAAGCAUAUAUCAUCAGAUACUUCCCUGAUAAAGUCAAGUUUCUACAGCAAAAGGUAAAAGAAAACAUGGACAGUCUGUUUUAUUUCCUGCUAUUCUUGAGAUUUUUCCCGAUGACGCCAAACUGGUUCCUGAACAUGGCGUCACCCAUUGUCGACAUUCCAGUACACAUGUUCUUCUUCUCUGUGUUUAUAGGUUUAGUUCCGUACAACUUUAUAUGUGUUCAGACUGGCAGUAUGCUGUCUGACCUGCGGUCUAUUGAGGAUAUAUUUACACUCUGGACAAUGGCCAAGUUAGGACUUAUAGCCAUAAUGGCCCUAGUACCAGGGCUGGUCACCAAACGGCUAAAGAAGGACAUCAAGACAGAUUGACUGUACAGAGUUUGAUAAUAUAUUUAGCAUGUUCUGUAAAAUAUACUUGCUACAGAUUAGACAUAUUCAUUUUGAAGUCUCACUUAUUUCAUUAUCUAUAUGCUACUUUAUACCACCUUCCUGUAGCAUGAUAAAUUCAUUAUCACAGGUUGUCAGUAUGAGAAUACUCAAGAAGAAGUUGAGAACGACUUAAGAACAACUAGAUUUUCCUUUUUGGGGACCAUAUGUUUUCUUAAAAAAGAACAUCUGCUUGGGCCAGGUGAAGCCCUGAACGAGAAACAGUAUCUACACACAUGAUUUCCAUGUGAGAAAAUAUGUUAUGAAAAAUACUGUAAGGAUGACAAAACUAUUUUAAGCAUAAAUGUGCAUAUGGAGAAGCAAAUGAUGCUAUUAUUAUUUUAAGAUUAUCUUUCUACAGUGUAUAACCCUUU